AUGGCCAACAAACUGAACGCUGCAGACUUGCCGAUUCGCUUGGAAUUUUGCCAGAAGAUGCUUCAAAUGGUGGAAGAGGAUGGAAACAUGUUGAACUGUCUUUUCAUGUCUGACGAGGCCCAUUUCGAUUUGAACGGCAACAUAAACAAACAAAAUUGUCGAAUAUGGAGUGCUUCCAACCCACAGACACUCCAUGAGACGGAAUUGCAUCCACUUCGUGUCACAGUGUGGUGUGCAGUUUCAUCACGUUUCAUUGUCGGGCCCUACUUCUUCGAAGAAAACGGUCACCCCGUUACGGUUACUGGAGACCGCUACUUGAACAUGUUGAGAGAGUUUUUCUAUCCAGAAUUACGCCGAAAGAGAAUUUCUUUUAACUCUGUGUGGUUUCAGCAAGAUGGUGCAGGUCCUCACAUAGCCCAACCUGUUAUGACAGAAUUGCGACGAAAAUUUCCCAAUAAACUGAUAUCCAGAAACUCCACAUUCCGUUGGCCACCCAGGUCGCCUGACCUUACUGCACCUGACUUUUUCUUGUGGGGUCAUUGCAAACAGGAAGUUUACAAAGCAAAACCAACAAAUUUGAAUGAACUAAAGCAAUCCAUUCGAGCAACAAUUGCGGCUAUUCCUGUCUCAACUCUCCAAGCAGUAAUGAAUAACUUUUUGCUAAGAUGCCGCACAUGCAUCAACGAGCAGGGGGGGCAUUUAAAUUCCAUUAUUUUUAAAACAAAUUAA